ACGCAAAUUCUUUAUUUCAUUGAAAACAGGAAUGAACAUUUUAACAAUAAACAGUGCAUGACAUGACAUCACUAUUACUCUGCACAUUUUUAACACUGAGUGUCACUAUUUCCUUCUGGUCACAUGUUGUAAAUGAGAAUUUCCCAACAGUUCAGACAUUGUUUACCAUAUCUACUGAGCAAUCCAUUUCUAGUCUAACAUUGUUCGACUGAGAGUUGUGAAUUAAAGUCUCCUGCUUGAAAUCUCUGACAAGCUACAACGAUGCUGAGUUGGUAUCUACCAGUUUUCAUUCUCUUAUUGACGCUACCAAACGAGGUUUCAUCAUUGCAGUGCUGCCCAACAUGCUCCGCACAGUCAAUCAGUCCUCUAAAUACCAACCAAUUACAGCAAAUAGAGAACCAACGAGAUAUCAUUAAAGCCAUGGAAGGAAAUCCACAGUUGGUGUAUGACAGAGUUCAUCAGAUCCCAAUAGUUCAGCUCACUCGCAACCAAGAAAAUCAAAUCAUUCGUAACUUCCCAUGGAUAUUUAAUUUGGGACUCCCACAAGGUGAGCGAAACAUUUCUGGACGAAGCGAAGACGGACCCGCACGAAGGAAUGUAGCAGGACAGUGCGAGUUAUUGGAAAGAGUUUGUCAGCCAAACCCAAUCUAUGAGCCGCUUGUUCUUGCACUACAAGAAGAUGGGGAUGUAGUUCAAAUAGUACAGAUUUCCAACCAGAAUCAAUACCAGUGGGUACUUGAUGAGGAAUGCCUGACCAAUCAAACACCUCCAAGCGAUCAAGUCUGCUGUAUUGCUCAACGAUUGGUCAAAGCAAUGUUCAUCAACCUUAGUCAAGCUUCAGCUCCAUUUGACUUCGCUCUCCUCAUUGUACAUAGUUGUGUCUCUUAUUAUUUCUACAUGUAGGUCAAAAUUCUAGGUGCCUAGUUAAACUGGGUUUAACUGGAACUAGU